UCGUGUCGUGUCGCGGCGAGGGUCAGACCUUCAGCCGUGGAGCGGUGGUGGCGUUCGGUCAGCUGUGCGCAGUAGUGUCGUGUUGCUCUAAUUGCUUUGGUGAUCUGUGGUCGCUGUGACCACUUAUUCUGUUUGACUGACUGCGUUUGCUCAACGCUUGAACCAUGACAGGCCGCGGUCGCGGAGCCAAGAAGCCGCUGCAGCAGCAGCAGGCUCCAGCGGGUGCUGCUCCAAGAGCGGCAGCCCCUUCCUAUGCUCAGAUGGGCGGCGGGCCGACCUCGGCGCCACCACCUCAAGUUGUUCGGGCGCCAGCCUCCACUCCGGCCUGGGGUCCUGCCCCUGGGGCUUCGUCUAGAGCAACCCACCGCGCUCCCACCGCGCAACCAGGCGAAGUAGUGAAGCAGUUCCAGACUUUAAACAUUGGUGCUGGCGCCAGUGGCCCAGCCGCAGUCCCUCGCGGGGGGAAUGGGAACGGUGGCGCCUCUGCUCCCGUUGGCCGGGGCUCCAUGAGGGGCAACCGAGCUAUUGGUGAUGCCCCAUCAAGGCAACUUGUGACCCGCCCUGUCACAUUGCAGACGAAACAUGGCAAGAUCACUAACGGUCUGAAGCUGCUUGUAAAUUAUUUCAAAAUUCAAACUGUGCCGGACUGGGUGCUCCACCAGUACAGAGUGGACAUUGCCCCAGAGGAGGACCGGACUCAGGUUCGCAAGUUCCUCUUGAGGACUCACAGAGACAAGCUGGGAGGCCACCUAUUUGAUGGCACUGUCCUCUUCACGGGAAAUCGUCUUACAACCCAACCGGGUGAAUCUGUCACAUUGACCAGCAAAGAUGAGAGGUCUGGUGUGAUUUACACCCUAACCAUCAAGCAUGUGGGUCAGGUGGCCAAGGGAGACUAUGCCUACAUUCAGGUUUACAACCUGCUUAUGAGGUCUUGCCUGAGUGCUCUAGAGCUGCAGCUCUUAGGAAGGGACUUUUAUGAUCCCCAAGCUAGGGUGAUGAUCCCCGAUCACCAAUUAGAAUUGUGGCCGGGGUACAAAACCUCUAUUAGACAACAUGAGAAGGAUAUUCUGAUGUGUGUUGAGGUAACACACAAGGUCCUUCGGAUGAAGACAGCCAAUGAUGUCUUGAAUGAUUGCUAUCGGCAAAAUUCUAAUUACUACAAGGAGGAUUUCAUGAAGGAGAUGAUUGGCUGUAUUGUAAUUACUAAGUACAACAACAAGACUUACCGCAUAGAUGAUAUUGAUUGGGAUUCCAAUCCGAAUCACAAAUUCAAAUUCAGAGAUGAGGAAAUAACAUACGCACAGUAUAUGUCCAGGAAAUAUCAGAUUGAAAUCAGGGACUUGAAGCAGCCUCUUCUAGUGUCCAAGGCCAAAGCUCGUGACGUCAGAGCAGGAAUGAGUGAGAUUGUCAAUCUCAUCCCAGAGGUCUGUUACCUCACGGGGCUUACAGACAACAUGAGGGCUGACUUCCGCCUCAUGCAGGCGCUGGCGCAGUACACGCGCGUAAGCCCAUCCACACGUGUCCAGAAGCUUAUGGCCUUCAAUAAUAGGCUUCAGACCUGUGAGAGGGCAAUGGACCAGCUGAGAAAGUUCGAUAUGAGCUUGGGAAGAGGCCUCGUUGAAGUAGAAGGGAAUAAAUUGCAAGAAGAAGUUAUUCAACUUGGAAAAGAUCAAAAGGUGCCCGCGGGUCCUAGUGUUGAGUGGAAUAUGAAUCGGGCGACUCUCCUUAAGCCGAUGCCUUUGAAUUCAUGGACCUUGAUCGUGCCUAUGAAGUUUAAGGGGGCCGCGGGUCAGUUUGUAGAAACACUCUCUAGAAGUGCUAGGGGAUUGAGCUUCCCCCUUGGACCUCCUAGUGUUGUCACGCUAGACCGAGAUGCUGCAGGAGACUAUGCUCGGGCUCUCACAACAGUAAUGGCAGAGGCUCAACCACAGCUCAUCAUGUGUGCUGUCCCCAACCAGCGAGGGGAUCGUUACACUGCUAUUAAGAAGAAGUGCUGUGUUGAACGGCCUGUGCCCACUCAGGUCAUUCUUUGCAAGAACUUGAAUGAUCCCAAGAAAAGUGGUCCGGUUGCUCUGAAGGUGGCAGUCCAAAUGAAUUGCAAGAUCGGUGGAGCUCCUUGGACCUUGGACAACCCGCUAAAGGGUUGUAUGGUCAUCGGGUUUGAUGUCUGCCAUGAUACGACAAACAAAUCUAAAUCUUUUGGAGCAAUGGUGGCCUCCCUCAAUGACUCGUUUAGCAGAUACUACUCUUGCGUUACCCCGCACAGCGAUGGUAAUGAGUUGAGCAACAACUUUGCACUCAACAUAGUCAAGGCCCUGCGAAAGUUCCAGGAAGUUAAUGGGGGUAAUCUACCAACCCGAAUUCUGAUUUACCGUGAUGGAGUGGGAGAAGGUCAGAUCCCUUACGUUUAUGAAACAGAAUUAGAGAGCAUCAAGCAGAAACUUACAGGGGUGUAUGGGAGCCCUGAUUUCAAGAUGGUGUUCUUGAUAGUUACUAAGCGUAUAAACACACGAGUCUUUACGCUCAAGCCUGACAAUCCAGGAGCUGGUACAAUUGUGGACAAUGUGAUAACAGAUCCUGAGAAGUACGACUUUUUCCUUAUUCCCCAAAGUGUUAGACAAGGCACAGUGUCGCCUGUAAGCUACAAUGUGUUGUAUGACACUGUAAACCUGCCUCCCGAAAGGCUUCAGAGGAUGACGUACAAGUUUUGCCACUUGUAUUACAAUUGGAGUGGCACUGUGAGGGUACCAGCUCCUUGUCAGUACGCACACAAGUUGGCAUUUUUAGUUGGCCAGGCCAUCCACCAAGAACCUCACGCACAACUGAGUGAUCUCUUGUAUUUCUUGUAGACUGGCAGUAUGUUUGUUCUGCUUAAGUUAGAGGCGAUUAAUUGUAAUUUUGAAAUGUGACAGUAUUUGAUUGUACAAAUAAGAAAUUGUAAGUGAGGUAGCUGAUAUACCUCUUAAAUCUCAUGUUAAUUGUGUAGAUAGUUCCGUUAGUUAGAUUUAAUUUUAUUUCUUGACUGUCAUUUGCUUGAGGCAGCCUGCUAAUAAGCUUGGAAUUAUUGUUUUUCCUUUUUUUUAUUUCAUCGCUAAAUAAAGAUUUUGAAUUUGAAA